GACCGAUGUAAAAAGAAGAUGUCAACGUUCUCAGAUCAAGAAUAAAGCCAGUCCAGGGACGAGUUUAGACUGUUUUAGGGGUGUCCCAGCAUCCGUAAAGUAGAGGAGAAAAGGCUGUUGUGGGAAGACUCCAGCAGGGGCGCUAACAGGAAGUGGUGUAACGCCAAAGGCGAAGAAGAAGUAGCAUCAGCCGUGGCUAAUCCGCGUCUUGUCUCGAAAAUUUGUGCAGAACGCCGAGCUUCUUCCGGAGAAGAGGAGUUUCAGCCUUUCGGCCGCUUGGCUUGAGGUCAUGGCUCAGCAGGCCGACGGAGCCCAGACCCCGUUCUCCGUGGGGCGGGGGCUCAACUUUAACAUGGCCGAGCAGGCUCCCGGCCGCCAGAUGGGGGGCGGGGCCUCGGGUGUUGGGAUGGGCGGGAUGGAGGGCCUGGAUGGUGGCGGUGGCCAGAUGACCCGGCGCGGCGGCGGCGGCGAUGGGCCUCUUGGGCGCCACAUGAAGCUGUUCUCCAGUCUGGGCCUGUCGCCCUCUGACCUGGACGCUCUGGCCCAGAUCCCUGACGAGGACAUCACCAUGGAAACGCUGCCACGCAUCCUGAUGCAGCUGAAGAGCCGCAAGGGGGCGGCAGGAGAGCGCGGGGCGGCGGCCUCAGAAGCAGCUUUCCGCGGAGGACGGGACGGCUGGGACCCGUCUCCGGGUCAGGCUCGGAACCAGUCCUCCGGAGACUUUGGCUUCGGCUCCAUGCGGGACGGCUACGGCUCCGGCUCGGGGUCGGGGUCCGGCUACGGCAUGGGGGUGUCGUCAGACCCCCUGUUCAUGCAGAGGAGGAUGGGCGCGCCUUCCAGCGGGAAGAUCCAGGACUUCCUGGGGGUCGCGCCCCCCAUGUACCCCCACGUGUGCUCUCUUUGUGACUUUGACGUUCAUUCCUCCAUGGAGUGGAACCAUCACACAGCCGGCCUGCGCCAUGCGGAGAACCGACGCCGCCUGCUGGACAUGUACCCAGACUGGGAGCCUGGCAGGAGGGACGGCCCCAACCUGUCUGCGGGCCUGCUGGGACCGUCGCCCAUGUCCUCCGGACCGCUAGGCGGGAUGUCCUCCAGCUGGGGAGGCCGCGGCCGCUCCGAACUCCCCAUGGGCCAGAACACGCUCCGCAGCAGGGUGGUGGUGGUGAAGUACGACAGGAAACCUCUGAGCAACAAGACGCUGUUCGCCUUCACCGAGACGUUCGGCCGCCUGCGGGAGCACCUCAUCCUGUCCAACAAGGCCUUCCUGGAGAUGGAGAGCCACGAAGCGGCGGCCAACAUGGUGGCCUUCUACAAGCAGCAUCCCACCAAGCUGUAUGGGAAGCCCGUCACCUUCUACCUGUCCCAGAGGCUCAUGGUCAUCGAGAAGUCCCACCGGGGCGCGGACCCAGCGGCGGACCGGCCCUCCAGGGACGUGGUCGGCCACGGCAGCAAGGUGGUGUUCUUCGCCAACCUGCCCAAAGACGACGAUCAGAAGAAGGAGCUGCUGACUAUCGCCAGACGCUUCGGCACCGUGGAUAAGCACCUGUUCCUCACUGACCAGGUAACCAUCAGAACCGCCUCGGAACCGGACCGGGACAAAAGAGGGGCGGAGCUUCAGCUGAGGUCCAGGUGUUCCUCCUGAAACUGUCGGCUUUUAUUCAGCUCCUCUGAUUUUAUUGUUUGGAAAAGAACUUUAAUGAUU